GCCGUAGCGGCUCGAGCACAGUAAAUAGGAAGUGGAUUUUUUGUUAUAGCAUUGAGUUGAAGAAGGCGGGGGAUUCCUGAGGGACGCACUCAUCUCCCACCGUUUACUGCCGCUCUCCGUCCUUCUCCACUUCCUCCUCCCGGCCUAGAGGAACUCUGCCGGGGGCUGCCGGCCUUGCGCGCCGAACCAUGGCCGAAUACUCGUAUGUGAAAUCCACCAAACUCGUGCUCAAGGGAACUAAGGCCAAGAGUAAAAAGAAGAAGAGCAAAGAUAAGAAGAGAAAACGAGAAGAAGAUGAGGAAACCCAACUUGAUAUUGUGGGAAUCUGGUGGACUGUAUCCAACUUUGGGGAGAUUUCAGGAACCAUUGCCAUUGAAAUGGAUAAAGGAGCCUAUAUCCAUGCCCUGGACAAUGGCCUUUUUACACUGGGAGCGCCGCACAGAGAAGGUUUGAUUGCACUGAAAUCUGGCUAUGGAAAAUAUCUUGGUAUAAAUUCAGAUGGACUUGUUGUUGGGCGGUCGGAUGCAAUUGGGCCAAGAGAACAAUGGGAACCAGUGUUUCAAGAUGGGAAAAUGGCUUUAUUGGCCUCAAAUAGCUGCUUUAUUAGAUGUAAUGAGGCAGGUGAUAUAGAAGCAAAGAAUAAAACCGCAGGAGAAGAAGAAAUGAUAAAGAUUAGAUCCUGUGCUGAAAGGGAAACCAAAAAGAAAGAUGACAUCCCAGAAGAGGACAAAGGAAAUGUGAAGCAGUGUGAAAUCAACUAUGUAAAGAAAUUUCAGAGCUUCCAAGACCACAAACUCAAAAUAAGCAAAGAAGAUAGUAAAAUUCUUAAAAAGGCUCGGAAAGAUGGGUUUUUGCAUGAGACUCUUCUGGACAGGAGAGCCAAAUUGAAAGCUGACCGAUACUGCAAGUGACAGAGACGUUUUUGUGUUGCUUUGAUUUUUUUUUUUUUUUUUGGGGGGGGAGGGGGUAUUUGUUUUUAUUCUGAAUAAAAAUAUUCAGUGUAACUCUGCUUUUACAGAUUUCUUGAGUACUUUCAAAAUUACAGCUUAAUUUUUAUCUUGUUUGACCAAGUUUAAUCUACAUCCUUCAUGGAAUUUACU